AUGGUUGGAGUUGUCGAUGCUUUCUCAAAAUUAUAUACUGAUUAUCAAAAAACAACGCCUAAACGCUUAAAAAUAAUUGAUGCUUACAUGUUCUAUAUUUUAAUUACAGGCGUUUUGCAAUUUGUUUAUUGCUUGUUGGUUGGGACUUUUCCUUUUAAUGCUUUUUUGGCUGGAUUUAUUUCUUGUGUUGCUAGUUUUGUGCUUGCAGCCAAUCUUCGCAUUCAAGUUAACCCAGAAAAUAAACACGAGUUUCAACAUAUUAGCCCUGAACGUGCAUUCGCUGACUUUAUAUUUGCCCACGUUGUUCUUCAUCUUGUCAGCUUUAAAAAAGAUAUGUGGUCAUUUAUUAGAUCGUUAUUUCGUCCAAUUUUCAAUUUCUUUUCUCGUUUAUGUCGAAGAAUUCUUAAAAUUUUUACACGCAGACAAACUAUUGAGGACAUUAUCUUGAAAGAGACUACUCGUGCUUCCAGAAAUCGUCGAAUUGAAAAAAUGCUUAGAGAAUUCCCGAAUGAAUUAGUUCAGUCAAUGGCUUGGGACACUGGAGACGAAACCGAGGCUGCUGAAGCAAUACUUGAGGAGUCUGUUAUGGAAGAUGAGAAACGUCAUGACUUGUCUAAGACGUUGGCCCGUUCAAUGCGCCAAAUUAAAGGAUACCAAAAGCUCAUUCAAGAAGUUGAGGAGCGACGACUUGAAAUUUAUUGCAGCAAAAUUGAGGAACACGAGAAGGAAUUGUUGCGUUUAUGGGCUUUGUUGAAACCAGAUGAGCCAUUGACUGAUCGUGUCUCCAACCAAUGGCAAGAUAUUGGCUUUCAAGGAGAUGACCCAGCUACUGACUUUCGCGGAAUGGGAAUGCUUGGUUUGGACCAAUUGGUGUUUUUUGCUCAAUUUGAUGUGGAAAACUGCCGCCGUGUUCUUUCUCUUUCGAUGCAUCCCGUUUAUGGUUUUCCAUUCGCCAUCUGUGGUAUAACAAUCACAGCACUUUGUAAAGAAUUACUUUUUGAUGAUGCGCUUAAAAAUCAUUUUUACAAUGUUUUGGAGCAACCUCCACUCAAAAUGGAUCAUUUUCAUCAAGUUUAUUGCUGUGUUUUUAGACUUUUUGGAGAUUAUUGGGAUUAUGAAAAGCCAGAAUCGUUGAUGCAAUUUAAUUUGGUUAAGCGACGCUUUGUUAAAUUAAUGGAGAAAUAUUUGAAUAAUUAUGAAGCUAAUUUAAUUGUUGCAAAAAUUGAGGACUUUAAUUUGGAAGAAGACAGUUAA